GCUGAAGUCAGGCAGGAGUUAUUUGUGCUUAGAUGUAAUGUGCUACAAUAAUUCCUGGUCUCCCCUGGUUUAUGGAAAGUCAUUUUGCUGCUACAAAAUGUAUUGGAUGGAGGUGCUUCAGAAAGCUGAAAGCGAUAAAAGGAAGUCUGGCAGCACAAAGUUAGGACUGGACUGUGGAUCCUGUGGACGAUGGGUAAAGAGCAGAAAAAAAUGAACACUCUUAAUGGGAAUGUCUUAGGGGCCCUGGAAGCCAAAAAGCAUGAUCAACCAAAAGCAGCAGCUCUCCAGCAGAAUGUGGGUCUCAUAAGUGGCAUCAGUCUGAUAGUGGGAACAAUGAUUGGCUCAGGGAUCUUCAUUUCUCCUAAAGCGGUUCUGGAGGGAACUGGAGCAGUGGGUCCAUGUUUGUGUGUGUGGGCUGCAUGUGGAGUAUUGGCUACACUAGGGGCCCUCUGCUAUGCUGAACUAGGCACAAUGAUCACUAAGUCUGGUGGAGAGUAUCCAUACCUGAUGGAGGGGUUUGGACCACUGCUUGCAUACCUAUACUCCUGGACCACAAUCAUCGUGUUAAAGCCUUCGUCAUUUGCCAUUAUUGCCUUGAGCUGUGCGGAGUACGCCUCCGCACCAUUUUACCCAGGAUGCACCCCUCCUCAAUUUAUCACCAAAUGCCUGGCUGCAGCUUGUAUCUUAAUCAUUACAAGUGUGAACUGUUUGAGUGUGAAGCUGGCCUAUAGAGUGCAGAACAUCUUUACUGCAGCUAAACUCUUGAUUAUCAUCAUCAUAGUGGUUGCAGGCAUUGUUCUGCUGGCUCAAGGGAAUACACAGAACCUUAGAGACCCAUUUGCAGGUGGAACAACAUCAUUUGGAGCAAUUGGCCUUGCUUUUUACAAUGGCCUCUGGGCUUAUGAUGGAUGGAAUCAGCUGAACUUCAUAACAGAAGAGCUGAAAAAUCCCUACAGAAACCUUCCCUUGGCAAUCAUUACUGGGAUUCCUCUGGUUACGGUGUGCUAUAUACUCGUCAACAUUGCAUAUUUCAGUGUCAUGACCCCUGUUGAACUUCUACAAUCUUCUGCCGUUGCUGUGACUUUUGGUGACAGAGUGCUCUACCCAUUUGCAUGGGUUGUGCCUUUAUUUGUGGUCUUUUCCACUUUUGGUGCGGCCAAUGGGAGCUGUUUCACCUCAGGCAGAUUGACAUACGUGGCAGGACGGGAAGGUCACAUGGUUAGGAUCUUGUCGUACAUCAGUGUGAAACGUUACACACCCGCACCAGCUCUUAUAUUUAACGGCAUCCUGUCAAUCUUCUACAUCAUUCCAGCAGACAUAAACUCUCUCAUCAGUUACUUCAGUUUUGCUCAGUGGGCUUUUUAUGGGCUUACAUGCCUUGCACUCAUCAUUAUGCGAUUCACUAGAAAGGAGCUGCACAGACCUGUAAAGGUUCCUAUAAUCAUCCCUAUUGUAGUGUUUAUUGUGUCCUGUUACCUGGUAUUUGCUCCCAUCAUAGACAAGCCUGAGUUGGAGUACUUGUACUGCACAGUGUUCAUAGUGAGCGGUCUUCUCUUAUAUGUACCCUUCAUUUACUUCAAAUUCAACUGGACCCGCCGCAUCAUGAGGCCAAUUACCAUGCACCUUCAGCUGCUACUGGAAGUCAUCCCACCUGAGAAGAUUGAGUGAUAAAUAUGGAGGGUAGACAUAAAUGUGAUAACCAGCAAUGGACAAAUGACUGUUCCAUGGACAUGUUGGUAAAGGAUCAUUAAAGGGAACAUUGCUAGUACAUACGGACUCACACACACACACACACAGUCAUGUGUAUAAAAAUAUACACAGUAUGUAUAUAUACGUAUACCUAUUUUUUUUUUAUAAUUCCUUUCUUUCUUUACUGGGUCACAGGGUCACUCUUUAAAAACAACACAACACUUUCAUAAAUGUCUGUGUGUUACUGUGAGAAUGUGUUGUACAGAAUGGCAAUGAUAUUUUUUUCAAACUUUAUUGGACUCAAAUUACGAAAAGAGAAAAGUGAAUUAAUUAUCCAAAAUAAUACAUUAUUAUAUCUGAAUGCUUUAUUUUCUAAUUGAAAACUUCUGUCAUGUGCAAACUAAUAGAAAGGGACUGACUGAUUACUGCAAUGUGUAGUUGAUAGCUUGGCUCUUCAGAAGAUCAUCUGAGUGACUUAUGGAGAGACAAAUUUAAUUAGGAUCAUUUUUUAGCAUUAGAACAUGACAUUUAGAAAUUGCAAGUAAAUAAAAUAAAAAAUAUUUGAGGUUAUGAAGAGAAAUACUCAAGAAACCAUGAUCCGGAGUAGAUAGAAGGAUACAUUUCUCAAAGAACCACACUAUUCAGGCCAGGGUCAGAAUUUUCAGAAACUAUAUAUUGAAAUAUAUUAAUUUCAAAAUCCUAUAAAUUUUUCCAAUAGGCAAAUUCAUUUUUAACGACUUCUGUUGAAGCUGUCAGUCCACAAUAUUUCAACGUCAUUUAAAAAAAAUAAUAAUUUCAUUGUGGAAUUCCUGAUGAAAAACUACACUAUUAAUUUGAUUGAAUGAAUGUAACAUUUAUAUAGUGCUUUUUCUGACACUACACUCAAAGUGUUUUACAUAGUGAACAGGGGACUCUCCUCAACCACCACCAGUGUGCAGCAUCCACCUGGAUGAUGUGACAGCAGCCAGCCAUAGUGCGCCAGUACGCUCAACACAUACCAGCUAUUGGUGGAGAGUAGAGUGAUACAGCCAAUUCAUGGAGGGGGAUUAAGAGCCCAUGAUUGGUCAAGGCCAAUGGGGGGAAUUUGGCCAGGACACCGGGGAUACACCCCUACUCUUUUACGAGAAGUGCCCCAGUAUUUUAAUGUUCACAGAGAGUCAAGAGUCAGGACCUCGGUUUAAUGUCUCAUCUGCAGGACAGUGCCUUUUUACAAUGCAGUGUCACCAUCACUAUACUGGAGUGCUAGGGACCCAUACAGACCACAGGGUGAGCACCCCCUGCUGGCCUCACUAACACCUCUUCCAGCAGCAACCUUAUGGAUGGUCUCCCAUCCAGGUACUGACCAGGCCCCACACUGCUGCACUUCAGUGUGCAACCGUUCUAGAGCUACAGGGUGAUAUGGCUGCUGGUGAUGAUAACUAUCAAUGAUCCUCAGAGAAACACUCAACCUUUCAGAGAUUUGCAGCAAACAAACUGGGCAAAACAAAUGCUGUAGCAACCACCCACUCGCAUGACAUACUGUGAAUGAUGCAAUCGAGUCGGUCUUCCUACACACUCAAACUACUUAUAUUUUUGUAAAUGUCGGAAUACUUUGCUGUUAAAUUAAAAUAUAUUGUUUCUAGUCUUAUAAUCAACAACUUUAAGUCAGUAGUUUUAUAUUUGUCCAUAGUUUUUAAUGUCUUUAUGUCAUUGAAACAUGUUUUCAUGCCGACAUCCAGCAUUCUUCUGGGGCUUCCAGUCAAGCAACUGAAAUUGAGAUAAGUAAGAAUCCUAACAAAGAAAGGUAAUGGAUAACUAUCUCCAGGGUUGAAUGGGACAUUAAAAUGGGUGGGGCUUUGUUUUCAUGGGGGGGGGGGGUAUAAGAGAAGUCACAGACAGGGACUUUCAAAUAAUAUCUCAAUUGAAACCGCCCUUCAAAUGAAACCAUCACAGAAUCACACCGUGGACCGCACUCAGAGCAGCUCUUGAAAAGCGUGAAGAUUAACUGCUUCUGAAGCGCGGGUUACAGGCAGUUUGCUGUUGAUGGGCUUUAACAGUGAGUAAAGUUAGCCGAGGGUGGAGGUUUUUGAGAAACAAGGAGGAGCAGUUAGCAAAACAAACAGUCUUGCAAAUAUUUGUCUGAUUUUGGACCAAAUUUAGCAACAUCUUCAAGUGUCAGUUGUAUUCUGUUGAUUCAUGUCUUUUAUUUUGAAAUUCUAGUUCCUGUUUCAUGUCAUGUGUUCCUGUUUCCCUAAUCAUGUGAUUUCUGUUUUCCCUCCAUGUUCAUGUGUCAUGUUUUCAUUGGUUUAUUGUUUAAUUAUCUUGAUAUCAGUUCUGUUUGUUCAUUGGUUUAUGUUCUCCCAUGUCUUGUAUUUAAGCCCUCAUGUUUGCAUUGUCUAUUGGUGGAGUAUUGUAUGUGAUGGUAUGUGUUUGUCAAGUCAAGUCAAGUCAAGUCAAGUCAAGUCAAGUCAAGUCAAGUCAAGUCAAGUCAAGUCCAUGUUCUGUUUUGUAGUCAGGGUUUUUGGAGUUCACGUUCUGUAAAUAAACUGCACUUGGGUUCUUCAUCUUCACGUCCUCGUCAUCGUCAUCAUUGUCAGCAGUUCCAGCAUACGUUACAGAAUACUCCACCUCCCAUGGACCCAGCGGUUUUGCUUCUGCGCUUACGCCAGGGGAAUCGUCCUCUGGAGGACUAUGUUGAGGACUUCUGCGGUCUAGCCAGCCAGGUAGACUUCAAUGAGGUUGCCCUCAGGGGUUGUUUUAGAUUUGGACUAAAUGAGUCCAUUUCUUUUUUUGAUGCCUGGCGAUCGCAGUUCCCUCAGCCUGGCUCAAUAUAUCGACCUCGCCCUUCGAUUCAUCGGUUCCCCGUUCACUGUGGGGGAGGCGGAUCCCGAGCCAGAGUCCCACGUCAUGGCCGCCGCCGAGCCAGAGUCCCACGUCAUGGCGACGCCUCAGCCUGCUCCAUGCCACGAGCAGUUGGACCUGGAGAUGGUUCCCACAUUAUACCCACCUUUAGUUCUCCUGAGCAGGCAAGGGGAACUUUCGGCCCUCCGAUCCCGCCUGGACCCUCUGAGCCCUGGACUUCGCUUUGGCCUGUCGGUCCCUCGACAUUGCCUCAGCUCGGCGUUCCCUCGGCUCCACUACAGUCCUUCAGCCUGUCAGCUGUGCCGGGGUCCCUCAUCCCUCUGGCUCCUCCUUGGUCUGUCGGUCACCUGGCUCCACUUUGGCUCUAUGAUCCCUCAGCUCCGCCUUGCUCCUUCGAGCCUCUAGCGCCGCCUUGGUCCUCCCUGCCAUCGGCUCCACCCUGGCCCUUCGUGUCUUCGGCUACUCUCCGGGCACCACGUUCCAAGGCUCCGCCCCUCGAGCCUCUCAUGGCUCCACCUUCCAUGGCUCCGCCCCUCGUGCCUCUCAUGGCUUCACCUCCCACGGACUUUGCCCUGGUCCCAUGCCCCUCGCCCUUUCUCGCCACGCCAUGCCCCACGCCUCAAGACCCCCCCCCCACUCCCUACAGAACUUUGAGUUAUGUCAUGUAUUACGUGUUUUGUUUAUGUGUUGGGGUGUCAGGAGCCACCCCUUAGUGGGGGGGAUAUGUCAGGUGUAUUCUGUUGAUUCAUGUCUUUUAUUUUGAAAUUCUAGUUCCUGUUUCAUGUCAUGUGUUCCUGUUUCCCUAGUCAUGUGAUUUCUGUUUUCCCUCCAUGUUCAUGUGUCAUGUUUUCAUUGGUUUAUUAUUUAAUUAUCUUGUUAUCAGUUCUGUUUGUUCAUUGGUUUAUGUUCUCCCAUGUCUUGUAUUUAAGCCCUCAUGUUUGCAUUGUCUAUUGGUGGAGUAUUGUAUGUGAUGGUAUGUGUUUGUCAAGUCUAGUCCAUGUUCAUGUUUUGUUUUGUAGUCAGGGUUUUUGGAGUUCACGUUCUGUAAAUAAACUGCACUUGGGUUCUUCAUCUUCA